AUGGCCUCCAUGGCUGCCCUAUUCUCAGCCCUUUCCCCGAUCAUCCAUCGCCAUUCUCCGCCCUUUUCCGGAUCUCUCAGCCCUCUGGGUCGAAGAGGAAGGGGGGGGAGAAGGAUGAGAAGGGGCGAGAGAGUUUCGUUGACCCUCAUCGAGCCGGACGGCGGCGCGCUGGUUGACCUGGUGGCGCCGGCGGGGCCCACGAGGGAGGCGAGGCGGCGGGAGAUGGCGGGUCAGCCACGUGUCCGGCUCUCGCGGACUGACCUCCAGUGGGUCCACGUGUUGAGCGAGGGGUGGGCCAGCCCGCUCAGGGGCUUCAUGAGAGAAGCCGAGUUCCUCCAAACUCUUCAUUUCAACUGUCUCCGCCUCGGCUGUGGCGGCGUGGUCAACAUGUCCGUGCCCAUCGUGCUAGCCGUUGACGACUCCCAGAAGCGGGCCAUCGGGGAGCACACCAGCGUCGUCCUGGUGGACGCCGCCGACAACCCAGUCGCCGUCUUGAGCAAGUGAGUGUCUCGGGACCGCCCAUCCUCUCUCUCUCUCUCUCUCUCUUCUAAUCCGGAUUGUUUAUUUAUUUACAAGCUGGCUGGUGGAAGUCCGAUCACUCGGCCUUCUAGGGCUUCACUGGUCGUAACUUUCCUCGUCGAAAAAUCCAUUAGCUUUAUUUAUCAUCAGAUAAGGUAACUGCUAUCUUAUUACUCACCACAUCGAAUCGGGUGGCUAAAGUAAUAGUUACUCUGAAUUUUUACCAAGGUCAACGGUGUGUGGAUAUUAUUAUGCCGUAGAUUCUUGACCCACCGAAAAAAGAUUUUAGUUCGGUUUACUGGAAAGUCAACGCGGGACGCGGAAGCUAGUAAUCUCAAAAACUCGAAGUCACGAGGACCGUUUCCGGCUUUCUUGUUAUGGGCCGUUUUUCUGCUGCUGCUGUCGCACCCUUGGGUGAGUAUAUUUGGUCGGUUGACUGCCGCCCUUUUGGGCCGAGUCCCCGUCAACGCAUCUCCAAAGCUCUCUCUCUUUUCUGUAGUCAGCUAGCAAUAAUCAUAUCAUGAACGACGAUUCGAUUCAUGGGCUUUGAACCCUCACGGAGGUCCACAAACAGUAGCCUGAUUAUUUAUUUAUACUCUUAUUUGGCUGCCGCCUUCUCCAGUAGCCAUCCACUUCUGUUUUCCUUUCGUUUGGCCUGGACUCGUCUGCUUUACUGAGGGACUCGUGAUUUGUCUUCUGCUCGGCCUCAGGAUCGAGAUUUACCGCCACCACAAAGAAGAACGCAUAGCGAGAACAUGGGGGACGACCGCCCCUGGCCUACCCUACGUGCAGGAAGCCAUAACCGAUGCCGGAGACUGGCUCAUAGGAGGAGACCUCGAGGUCAUAGAACCCAUCAAGUACAACGACGGCCUCGACCAUUAUCGUCUUUCUCCGGCUCAACUCCGCGAAGAAUUCAUCCGCAGGGGUGCCGACGCCGUGUUCGCCUUCCAGCUGCGUAACCCCGUCCACAACGGGCACGCCUUCCUCAUGAACGACACCCGCCGGCGUCUGCUGGAGAUGGGUUUCAAGAACCCCAUUCUCCUGUUGCACCCCUUGGGGGGAUACACCAAGUCCGACGAUGUCCCACUGUUCUGGAGGAUGAAGCAGCACGAGAAGGUACACCAUCCUUUCUUUCUUUCUUUCUUUCUUUCUUUCUUUCUUUCUUUCUCCUGGCUCUUUUUACUCCUCGUUCAGAACGAGAAGAGGGUUAACUUGUCCUAAAAAAUCUCUCAGGUUCUCGAGGAGGGCGUUCUGGACCCGGAAACGACGAUCGUCUCCAUCUUCCCCUCUCCCAUGCUCUACGCCGGCCCGACGGAGGUGCAGUGGCAUGCCAAGGCGAGGAUCAAUGCAGGCGCCAACUUCUAUAUUGUCGGCAGAGACCCCGCGGGCAUGAGCCAUCCCACUGAGGAAAGGGACCUGUACGAUGCGGAGCACGGCAAGAAAGUCCUAAGCAUGGCCCCCGGCCUGGAGAAGCUCCGCAUCCUUCCGUUCAGAGUAUGCCGCCCCGCCCCUUCCUCUCUGCAUUUCUUUACCUCGACAACGGGGAGUGCCUAGUGAUCACGUUUCUAACGCACGGAGGCGUCCUCGUCCAUGGCGGAGAACAGAUGGCAGCUUAUGACAAGACCCAGAAAAGGAUGUCCUUCUUCGAUCCGUCGAGGCUUCAGGACUUCCUCUUCGUAUCGGGCAGCAAGGUGAGCAAGCUCAAUGCGCUGCCUUUCAUGUGUAUGUAUCUCUACUGUGGCUGAGAGGGUGAGUGAUCGCCUCCUGUGCAGAUGAGAAAUCUGGCGAGGAUGAGGGAGAGCCCUCCGGAAGGCUUCAUGUGCCCUGGUGGUUGGAAGGUGCUGGUGGAGUACUACGACAGCUUGGUUUCCUCGGAGGGUGGGAAGCUCUAUGAAGCUGUUCCCGCUUAG